AUAAAAGAAGAACAUAACUAUGCUGAUGAGAGGAGCACUGACUUCCAUGAUGAUCAACCUGAGGAAAACCCAAAUCAAUCUUUUCAACAAACUAGCAAAGAAAUUACUUCAAUGGUCAAUUAUAUGGACUCAUCAAAGCAACUAUUUGUCAAAGAGGUGCAUUCAGCAGUCAAUAAAACUUUGCCAUCCAAGAAACAAAGUGUCAAUGUUAAAUCUUCAGCAAUCAAUAACUCUGAUGAUAAUAGGAAAACUGCUGAACUUAAGACAAAUAAUGUACCAAAGAAAAUCAAAAAACGUCCAAAUCCAGAAAAAAGUAUUUUUAUACCUCCUGAACUGUUGAAUACCAACCAUCCUCUAAUUUUUGCAUCCACCAAAGAUACAGAUGAGAGAAUGGAAACUACGCCACAGAGUCAAGACCUUCUUAGCCAAUCAAAGCGUGAGGAACAAUAUGGUAUUGUGGACUAUGUGCAGGGAGAUGUAGUGACUGAGGAUGCAGAACUAAUGUCUCCUUCAGAACAAUAUCAGCUUCCACUUAAUGAAAGCCUAUUGCAAAUCAUCCUUAUGAAUGGAGGAGAUGAUAAUGACAGCGGGGACUUGCAUAUUAAAGAUGAUGGUACAUUGACUCAAAUGGAUAGUAUCUCCAGAGAUACUAAUAUGGAUGAAGAUAACAGAGAUAUCCACGCUGAUAAUGAUGAUGUGAAGCCUAAUCUUGAAUUAUUAUCUGAUGCACAAAGUCAAGCCAAUUCAAAAGCUCCCGACAAAGGCAAUAAAAAGCUCCACAGAGUUUACUGUUUCGGACAAAAUACAUUUACCCCUGUUGGUAAAGUGCCAGACGAAAGACCAGGACAAACAAUGCAGGACAGUAAAACACUUUGUAAUCUGUGCAAUAAGAAUUUCAGAACAAACCAGAUUUUUCGGAAACAUAAACAAACAUACAAACACUUUAAGUGUGAUAUAUGUACAUACAGCUUCAUGGAUGAGAUUGACUUGAUGAUGCAUUUGAUUACUUUACAUAAGAUCAAAAUUCAAUGUGGUUUUUGCAACAAGGAAUAUAAAUCUUUGGUCGGAAUGAGAAAUCAUUUAAAGAGCUCCCUGCACUUCAAGUGUACUCUUUGCCCAAAGAGUUUUGAAACAAACAAACAGCUGACCAGCCAUUCUAAAAUCCAUAGUCUAAAGCCAUACACAUGUAAUCAGUGCUCACAACUCUUUACUUGUGAAGAAGAUUUGAAUAUCCAUUUUAAUUCUACCCAUAAAUGUAAACAGUGCUUUGAAGUGUUUACUUCUAGACAAGACUUGAAAACUCACGUCCAGUUUAGCCAUGUAGGGAGUCAGAACACAUGCAGAUAUUGCCCAAAAAAUUUUCCUUCUAAAAAUGAUUUGAACACUCACUUGCAUCAUGUUCAUGAUGAAACUUUGUUUAAAUGUGAUGUUGAAUUUACACAAAAAGCAAUUUCAUAUGGGUAAGAUUUUCACAUGUAGUGAUUGCAACAGAGCAUUUAGAACCAAAUCUAAACUCAACUUUCACAGGAGAAUACACACAGGUGAAAAUCUUUUUCAUUGCCAAUAUUGUCCAAAAUAUUUCUUGAGACGAGACCAUUUGGAAAAACAUAUUCGGGUUCACACAAGGGAAACCCCAUUCAUGUGUGAAUAUUGUUCAAAAUGUUUCAUACAAGAGUACAAUUUAACAAUGCAUAGGAAAAAUGUACAUUUGGGAGAGAAACCAUAUAAAUGUGAAGAGUGUUUGAAACAAUUCAGUGAAAAAAGU